ACGGCGGCCGGGGCCCUCGAGCGCUGUUCACCGUCGCGCGUGCAUUGUUUUCGCGUCUCCGCACAUCGGAAGUCUCGCUCCGGCGUGUUCACAACAACACCGCCGCCGCCGCAGUUUGCCAAAACGACCCGGUGGGCACGGGCCCGACGGCGCAACAGUCACAAGUUACGCGCGAGAAACGGUACGGAAACACAAUAACUUCGUCGUCGUUGGCAGCAAUAAAUAAUCACGGUAUCAACCGUUCCGGUUCGUCACGUGUUGUUGUACACAGCUAUGAACUAUCAUCUUUGAGCGGCAUGGUACGGCUACACGCGUUUUUCAUACUCUCAUUACUCGCUUUACAAGCUUCUUUCGUCCGGAACAUUAAACUAUUGAAUGUGCGCAUCGCUAACCACACGGUGUUGGGCACCAGCACAAAGCUAGAAUGCACAUACGACCUGCAAGGAGAGACCCUGUACUCGGUAAAAUGGUACAAAGACGGCGACGAGUUCUUCAGGUAUUUGCCCAAAAGUGUACCGAAAAUACAAGUCUUCGAAAAACAGGGCAUUUAUAUCGACAUCGAUAAAUCGAACUCGAACGAAGUAGUGCUCAAAUCAUUGGAACUGUCGAGCAGCGGUACUUACAGGUGUGAAGUGUCAGCCGAGGCUCCAUCAUUCCAAACCGUCUUCCAGGACAGAGAUAUGAUCACAGUCGAAGAAGGUCCGCGGAUCGUCGGUCUGCUGCCCGAGUACAACGUCGGCGAGACGGUGAACGCCAACUGCACGUCGAGCAAGAUGAAGAGCUACGCGCAACUCGUUUGGUAUAUAAACGAGGAACAGGCUAAUUCGACGGUCUUGCAAGGACCGUACUUCAAGGUGCACCACCCGGGGAGUAAUGAACAAUUGGUGACAACUGUACUUGGGCUUAGCUUCAAAGUGACUGACAGUCACUUUAAGAGCGGUCAUACAUACCUGAAAUGUGCGGCUCAGCUGACAUCGGUUUAUUUACACUCGGAUAAACAAAUUGUAAAAUUCACCAAACGGCCUCCUACCGAAUCAAUAAUUUCUAACACAGUUCAGCUGGCCAAUAAAAUACAAGUCACUUCGAUCAGCGCACGAAACGCCGGACCGGACCACGUGAUUCGUCUGGUGGCUUGCGUUCCGCUCCUGUUCCGUGGUCUGCGCCACAACUGAACGACGCACCCCCGUCUCGUGCACUUCAACACCACACGUUAUCGUAACGCUACGAACAUAACCACCCCCAUCCCCCCGGACCGACCGCAUGGAUCGACCGAUUGUUAUUGUACCGUUUUACGUGUUCACGUUGUUACGCUUCGUACGCGUUCGCGCAGUAGUUACAACCGGUGGCGCGGCGAACUCGAUUCACUGACAAGGCCUGAUCGUUUGUAUUGCGAAAGAACAAAAAUUAAUUAGCUUUUUCCGAAGAAAAUAUACAUUUGUUUGUUCCAAUAACGAUGCUUUCUUUUUUUUUUUUUUUUAACCUUUUUCAAACACGUCGGAUCACGACUUCCGAGUUGUGUUGAUGGCUCUUCGGAAUCAAUUUUUAAAUCUCUUUCGCAAGCCAAAAACAUUUCAAACCUUUAAAACGUCACCGGAACCACCGCCCUUUUUUUGAUACCUAGGCACGUGGCCUCGAAUCGUGGCCCUACGUCACGCCACCGGUUACACCGGCACGCACGAUCGUUGUUCGUUGUUGCUGCCUAAACCAGUCCGUUUGCUAUCAUAUUGCACACGCGAACGGACCCUCGAGCGCAAAGCAACACCGCAAUAAUUUCGCACGGCCGGAUGUGAACCGCAGUGCGAUUCCUGUGGACGUGGUUGCAACCGCGCGCGGACAAGAGUGAAUUCCUGCGGACGAGCCUCGACGAACUGCUCAUAUAUCGAGCGGCGAAUCCAGUGUGAUCGGUAUGGCCCCCGGUGUUUUCAGCAGGAAUUCGCGUAAUUGUUUUUUGAAAAUUAAAAUGUUAUAGUUUCACUUGUUUACCGAAGUAUAUAUGUCACGUCGCAAAAUAUAGUUAAGGGCAAUACAUUUUUCCUAUGAGAACAUGACUAGGAACAAGCCGUUGUACACCAGUACCUGUCAAAACACACACAUACACACACACACACACACACACAUAAGAUGUAUCAAUCCGCAUAUAUUUGAAAGUUUUUAGACUUAUAAAAAUCUGUAAAUUAUAGGCGGGCUGGUUCGUAGAAAUCAGUGAUUUACAAUUUUUCACUGUCUACACGAAACGCCGAAUCGGCUCACGUUUGCGUUGGAUACUUCGGUGGAAAUCAACGAACGGGAUCAAUUGCUAAGGAAUUUCGAAAGGAGUAAAGACUAGCGAAUAAUCUAAAUUUUGAUUUCGGAUACGACGAUACGCACGUAUUUUACGUUUACACUGCAAUGUGCGUUCAUAUACAACUAUUAACAGACUCGCACACAAGAUGUUCCAAUCCGGGGAAAAGUGAAAGUUUUUAGUCUUUUGAAUAAAUCAAACGGAUAGUUAAUGGCGCGCGGCCGUUGCUCGACUGCCUCCGAAAUGGUUGGAGUCGUGAAACGGCCGACAAAUUAGGUUGCACGUAAUGUGUUGACUAUAGCCCGGCGCAGCUGUAAUCGCUUCUAUAUGAAUCGCUCCUUGAAAGUGAUUUUGUUGGCGCACAGCGUUUGAAUAAAACUAUACGGUUCAUUUAUACAUUUUAUCACCUAGUCAUCUACACACGUUUGCUUUAAACGCACUAAAUUUUUAAUAACGAAUUAUUAAGUACAUUUUUUUUUUUUCAUACGGUACAUAUCGCAUACAGUGUUGAGCAUUAGCUAGAUAAAUUAUUUGUCACUCCUCUCCUUUUAUCUGUUGCAACUUGUUAGUUUUCAUUCAAUAAUCAUUGUAUAAAGUUUUAACUUGUCGGUUAGUCUUAGUUUACUAUUUAAAAAUGAACAAAUUUGCAAUUCAAUAAAAUCGUAAAAGAUAAUGGUAAACAUAUAACAGCCCAAUUUCAGUAUUUUUCUAAGACUAUUAUUGGGUAAAAAUAAUCAACAAGGAUUUUUUUUAAUCGCAGAGUAAGUUAUUAACUUAAAAAAAUAGAACAAAAUUAACCCAUUGAACACUAUAACUUAUUUAUUACAAUAGGUAACUAUAAUUUACUUCAGUGCCAGUAUUUGCAUUUAAAUAAACUUGUUAUGAUGUACUGUAUGUAUAUAGCUAACAAAAAUAAAUGAAAACCUUUUUCAUUUUUUUUUUUUUUUUAUAGAUAUUUAUUCUUUUAUCUUUAUCUGGAAAAAUGUUAAGUUGUCUGUGCCCAACAUUGAUUGCGUACCGUAUGUUUGGCUACAACAUCUUUAGUAACCACACCACAUAUGAUAUAACAAUAAAAAAUAAAAAAUUAGCGAAAGAAUGGUUUUUGAAAAUAAUGUAGAUUUGUUCAAAAACUGUAUGGUUUAAGUUCGAACACCGAACAAGAAUCAAACUACUUAGGUAGUUUUCAUUCCGAUUCCGUGUAAGGUAUAUUUCUUCGGUUUUAAAACACACACACAACGGUUUUGAGCGUCAUUGCCCGGUGUAGUUCGAUCACCGUACACCGACCAAAUGCCAUAUCGCUCUGUAUCCUGGAUGAAAGCGAUUUCACGAGCAAGCAGGUGAUAAUGUAUCAACAUUCGAGAAAAAG